AUGCGCACAACUCUUUUAUUAAUCUUGCUACUGAUACUCUUCUGCAUCUGUACAUGUGCAGCAGCAGCAGAGAGGAUGGCACUGCCGGUGCCACGUGUGGGUGGAUACGCUACAGAGGCAACAGGAAAAGGGAGGAGAGGCAACGAAGCGUGGAAUAACGGUCAAUUCACUACCACCACACCAUCCCUCAGUAUGAGUGAGUCCAUGAGUGCCUCUGCCACUAUUCCUCUCACUGACACCACUACUGUUGCCCCAUCAUCACCAGAUCAACAACAGAAACAGGAGGAGAGCAACGGCCCGCCACUA